AUGGACAAACUCUCCGGUCUCGCCUCCAAACUCGGUGGAAGCCAAUCCACAUCCGCCAACCAGACCCAGGGACAGCCACAGGGACAGCAGGAGGAUUUUGUCGAUAAGGGCCUUGACGCUCUUGAACAGCGCUUCGGCGGCGGCAAGAUCGACUCUGCCAAGAUGCGGUCGACGAAUGAGAAGAUUACCGAUGCCGCCCGGGAGCAGUUUGAGAAGGCUACUGGAUACAAGGUUCCCGAGAAGUUCUCUAACUGA